CAUCAAAUUAUUAAAACGAUUUCCCAAGAACAUAAAUAAGCAUUGAUUGAUUUUUUCCCAAAUCAUAUACUUUCUUUCUAUACACAAAUUAUUAUGUCUAGUAUAAGAUCAAGGUCAAGGCAACCUAUGAAAGUUGUGCAUAUAAAAACACAGUACGUAGAAACUGAUGCUUGUAGUUUCAAGUCUGUGGUUCAAAAUCUCACUGGUAAAGACUCAACAAUUGCGGAUUCACCUUCUUCUUCAUGGGUGAUGAAAGUAAGCAAUGAGAAGAACAACACUCGGCCUCAAUUAUCGAGGUUAGCGAGGAUGAGCCAUAGUCCUGAGACACCAGAAGGUCAAUUCGUGCUCGAUCGUCGUGAACAGAAUAACAACUUUCAAGAUAAUAUGAUGAGUAAAGGUGGUGGUAGUUAUUCGUUCCUGACUCGAAAUUUGUCGUACAAGGAAAUGGAUAGGUUGUUGAAGGAGUUACCCCCUUUAGAUGAGCUGCAUAAGGUUCUAUCUUUUGAUUGAUAAGAACCAUAUAAGUUCUCCAUUCUCAUGAUCAUUAAGAGCAAAUAUGUAAAUACAUUUGGAAGUAUUAGCUCUGUUUUUUUCUUAAGUUUCACUUUGCUUUUGUGGUCAGAGGUUGAAAAUUUUGAUUGUUAAUUCUUAUUAAUAUAAAUUUCGAGUUAUUAUCA